UGGGGGCCCCUAAGCAACAGCAGUCUCUGCUUACAGAUAUUUACGCCACUGUGUGUUGAUAUUUUGCUGCUAUCGCAGCAACAGGCGGAAAAUCUGCAGCUCCAAACCAUUGCACAGACCUCUGAUGAUAAUUUUAGGGAACUUUCGCUUCCUGACUCUGGCCUGUUUCCGCAUUGUUCCCCCAGGUGCUUUCACAGUCACUCAGACUAAGUGAGUCGCAAACUCUACAAACUUUAUUUCUCCGGAUAAAAGUCCCGAUUUCUUCCUAAGAGCCAAAAGCGCAGAACAUGUCGCAGCUGCAGUUACGGGAAGAGAGUGACUUUGAUCAGCUCCCAGAUGACAUCCCAAUCAGUGCGACUAUUGCUGAUAUUGAAGAGAAAAAGGGCUUCAUUGACUACUUUAGGUUUGUGGUCGAGGUAAAGACAAAAGGAGGCGGUAAAUAUCUGAUCUAUCGGAGGUACAGAGAAUUUUUCAGUCUUCACCAAACCCUGGAGAACAAAUAUUCUCCUGAUGACCCAGAGAGGCCUGGUCCUAACACCUGCAUUCUGCCCCCUCUUCCAGGAAAAAUCUACAUCGGAAACAAAAAGGAGAUUGCAGAAGGCCGAAUCCCUGAACUCAACACAUACAUGAAGAGGUUACUUGGUCUUCCAACAUGGCUUUUACUAGACGAGAGUCUCAGGAUGUUCUUCUACCAGAUAGAGCAGGACAGCAACCAUGAGCCAAGGGCGCUGAGACGUCUUCGUCCUCCGACGCGCAAAGUGAAAACAGUCAAAUCACCAAAGAUGGACCUCUUCUCCUCCCCCAGGGCAGAGGCGAUGUUUGACUUUCGCGGGAAUGGCCAGGCAGAGUUAAACCUGAAGAGGGGAGAAGUGAUCUUCCUGCUGCGACGGGUGAAUGCCGACUGGCUGGAGGGUACAGUGAACAAUCAAACAGGUAUUUUCCCAGAAUCCUUUGUGAAGAUUAUUAAACCACUCCCGGAAAGUGACUCAGAAAGUGAAGGUGGGGCCCACACUUACAGCUGCCUCCGCUGUUUCCUGCUCACCCUGUCUGGAGUUGAAACCAGAGAUGUGUGUGUACAAGAGGCCCUCACCAUCCAACCAACAUACAACGAGCUGCUGUCCCGCAUGAGGAAUGUGUUCAAGGUGGAUGACAUCGCCCUGAAUUACCGUGACCCAGAGGGCGACCUCAUACGUCUUCUCGAUGACGAGGACGUCCAGUUGAUGAUCAGGGAAGGCAGAAGCCUGCAGCACAGAGUCAAAAGACCUGUUAAUCAGUUUCCAUGGGAACUGCAUGUGACCAUGGCAUCUGACCUCUCAGUUUAUGGUUCUGAACCCUGAGAAAAAUAUUUCGACAUGGAUCAAGACAAAAUGAAGUAGAGAAAUUAAUACUUGGUUAUUUUACAUUUAUUCCUAAUUCGUUUAGGUAAAAUGGUCUUCUCAUUUCUUUUAGCAAAAUAAAAUAUUAAAAAAAACAUU